UUCUUCUUCUUGCAUCGCUCAGCACCUGAACGUCGGCGCGACUUUUCGCUAAGUGUUAAAUUAUUGAUGCGUCUUGUGGAUCUUAAAUUGACAUAAAACAUUUGUUUCUGACUUUUCCAAUCGACGUGCACAGCCCACAGACCCCACUGUCUGACGACACUGGCCAACUAAAACCGACACAAAAAUGGAGCUGCUAGCGAGUGCGGGCCGCUCGUGGCGCACACAGAUUCUUAUGCUGGGUGUCGUUACCGUUCUCGUGGGAAUGCUGCAUCUGCCCACUGCCCAGUCGGCUGCUGUUAUGUCCGUGGACUUGGGUACCGAGUGGAUGAAGGUGGGCGUCGUCUCGCCGGGCGUGCCCAUGGAGAUUGCUCUGAACCGUGAGUCCAAGCGUAAGACGCCGGCCAUUAUCGCAUUCCGCGAUGGCGUUCGCACCGUUGGCGAGGAUGCCCAGACCAUUGGCAUUCGUGAACCGUCUUCGGCCUACGGCUAUUUGCUGGAUCUUCUCGGCAAGACCAUCGAUAACCCCAUUGUGGAUCUUUACCGAAAACGCUUCCCCUACUACAACAUUGUCGGCGACCCGGAACGCAAUACGGUGGUGUUCAAGAAAAGCGACACCGAGGAGUUUUCAGUAGAAGAACUCAUCGCUCAAAUGUUGGUCAAGGCCAAGGAGUACGCCCAAAUAUCCACACAGCAGUCCAUAGCCGAAUGUGUCCUCACUGUACCCGGUUACUUUGGCCAGGCCGAGCGGGAGGCUUUGCUGGCCGCUGCCCAACUGGCCAACCUGAAGGUGCUGCAGCUUAUCAACGACUACGCGGCAGUGGCCCUCAACUACGGGGUCUUCCAUCGCGGCGAGAUCAACGAGACGGCCCAGUACUAUCUGUUCUACGACAUGGGUGCCUAUAAGACGUCAGCGGCAGUCGUGAGCUACCAACUGGUAAAGGACAAGCAAACUAAGGAGACGAAUCCGGUGGUGCAGGUGCUGGGCGUGGGAUUCGAUCGCACGCUGGGUGGUUUGGAGAUACAGUUGCGUUUGCGCGACUAUCUGGCCACCGAGUUUAAUGCGCUAAAGAAGACCAAGACGGAUGUGACCACCAGUCCCCGGGCCCUGGCCAAGCUUUUCAAGGAAGCCGGGCGGCUGAAGAACGUUUUGUCGGCGAAUAACGAACAUUAUGCCCAGAUCGAGAACCUCCUGGAGGACAUCGACUUCAAGCUGCCGGUCUCUCGCGAGAAGCUGGAGGAGAUCUGUGCGGAUCUGUGGCCACGCACCACCAAUCCCCUAAAGCAGGCCCUUGCCUCAUCCAAUCUGAGCCUCGACCUGAUCAAUCAAGUGAUUUUGUUCGGUGGCGGCACGCGCGUGCCCCGUGUCCAGGAGACCAUCAAGGCUCUUAUCAAGCAGGAGCUGGGCAAGAAUCUUAAUGCCGACGAGUCGGCCACCAUGGGCGCUGUUUACAAGGCGGCCGAUCUUUCCGCUGGCUUCAAGGUGAAGAAGUUUGUGGUUAAGGACGCCGUCCUAUAUCCCCUCCAAGUGGUCUUCGACAGCGUUGCCGCAGAUGGCGUUUCUGCGAAGAAGGUAAAGCGCGUCCUGUUCGGAUUGAUGAAUCCCUAUCCCCAGAAGAAGGUGAUCACCUUUAACAAGCACUCGGACGACUUUGAGUUCUUUGUGAACUACGGCGACCUGGAUCGUUACAGCCAAGAGACAGUCGCAUCCAUGGGCAGCUUGAACAUUACGCGUGUGGAAAUCAGGCAGGUCAAAGAACUGCUGGAGAGUUUGAAGAAGGACCUGGUCGAGAACAAGGGAAUCAAGGCAUAUUUCGAGCUCAACGAAUCGGGCAUCGUCCGGUGCACUGGUGUUGAAUAUAUCUACGACAAGCAGAAGCCAGACGAUGCGGACGAGGACAGCACUCUGGCCAAGCUGGGCAGUACCAUCAGCAAGCUUUUCACCAAGAAAUCCGACACGGCGGACGAUUCAACUGAUGACAUAAAGGACGACGCUGGGCCCGAGGAGUCAACGGGAGGAGCAGGUGAAACACCCAAGACGGAAGAUAGCCAGACUGAGAAGCCUGCUGAGGCUGAGCAGAAGGAGAAGAAGACUACGGACUCUGACCCAGAGGGCGAGGCCAAGGAGAAACCCGACGCUAUUAAGCUGGUCACCGUUAAGGCUCCCGUGGCGCACAACACCCAUGUGCUGUUUACGGCCAACCUGUCCGGGUCCGCCUACGACAGCUCGCUGGCCAAGCUGACGGCCAUCAACAAGAUCGAGGAGGAGCGUGUGCGCCUUGAGUCCGCCUUCAACUCUCUCGAGUCGCACAUCAUCGAGGUGCAGCAGAAGCUGACUGAGGAUGCAUAUGAGAGCUGUGCCACUGCAAAGGAAAAGGAGAAGCUCCUGGCCGAGUGCAGCACACUGUCCGAAUGGCUGUACGAGGAUCUCGAAGAUCCUAAGCCGGAGAUCUACGAGGAUAAGUUGCACGAGCUCAAGAAGCUCUCGGGUGUCUUCCUCGCCCGUCAUUGGGAGCACGAAGAACGGCCCGAGGCCACCAAGGCCCUUAAGGGCAUGCUCGACGGCGCCGAGAAGUUCCUGGUCACCGCCCGUAACCUCACCAAGGACACCAAUCCCGAAAAAGAUGUCUACACCCAAGUGGAGAUCGACACCCUCGCCAAGGCAAUCGAUGAGAGCAGUGCCUGGCUCAAGACUGAGACCGCCGCCCAGAAGAAGCUCCCACGCAAUGCCGAUAUUAGGUUGUCGGUCAAAGAAAUCACCGCCAAGAUGAGCCUGCUGGACCGCGAAGUCAAGUAUCUGGUGAACAAGAUCAAGAUCUGGAAGCCCAAGGUCGCCGACAAGGACAAGAAACCCAAAGAGACUGACAAAGAGAAGGAGCAAAAGGAGGGAGAAGCUGCUGGCAGCGGCGACGAAGAGCAGAUAAAGGAGAACUCUGAGCAGCAGCAGCAGCCAGACGCCGAGCCGGAGCUCACACCCACGCCCACAGUUGAAUCCAAGACACCACACAGCGAACUCUAAACCAAGCCCGACACUGGGGUAGAUAAAGGCAGGGCGCGAAAUGCUGGGAGAGACCGGACGAUUAAUGGAUGUUCGUAAUGCACAUAGGGCGGGGGCCGCGGGACGCCGCUGACCAGAUGCGUCAACGGCGACUGCCAAACAGGAUGCGGAAACGAACUUCAUGGGGAGGCGAAAAUCUGAUCAUUUCUAAUCUUUGCGGGGUAGGGGAUCCGAUCGGUACAGGUCUCCGGACCACAACAUUUCGCGCCAGGCAAGAUAUAUUUCUACGGUUUUUUUGUAUUCAAAUUAGCUAAAGUCGGGGUUUAAUUAUGCUAAUCUAUCUCUAAUCUAAUAAAACAAAAACAAACAAAAUGUAAAAUUUAACAAACGAAAUCCAAUUCUAAUCCAUUCCGUUGUGCUUUAAACUAUUCCUUCUUCGAUCUGCAUAAAAACAAAAUUUAAAGUACCCAAGACCCAUGACUAUCUAUCUAUAUGAUCUACCCCGUACAUAUGAUAUAAAUGUAUGUACAUAUGCACAUGUGUAAAUGUUUGUACAUAUAUGUAUGUAUGUUGUACUCGUAUAUGUAUGUAUUUACAUAAUCCCAUGGAGCAGACAUGGCUGAAGCAGAAGGAAUGUUAGGGAGAAACAAAGAGGCGACACAACUAGGAAAGCUCAAAACCAAUAAAUCUGAAACCGGAGUAGUA